ACAAGGGGACUUAUUUUUUAGUAUACAAAAAUACAAUCUUUAAGGCAUUUUCAAUGGCACCAACUAUGGAUUUUGUAAUUUCUGGCCUUUUUUGUGCUGAAUAUAACAAAAGCAUGCUCGAAAAUGUGUAUGAUGAUAUUCAUACAUUGUUUCAUGGGGAUCAUCAAAACAAUCAGCAAACUAUGCCAUUUCAGAGUGAUGAUUGUGUGGCUUUGAUGAUUAAAAAAGAAUGUGAAUAUAUGUGUUGUGAUGAUUAUCUUGAAAAGUUGAAAAAUGGGGAAUUUGAUUUGGGGGAAAGAGAGCAAAUUCUUGAUUGGAUUUGCCAGGUUCAUUCACAUUUCAAAUUUGGACCAUUGUGUCUAUAUUUGUCUGUGAACUAUCUUGAUAGAUUUCUUUCUGUCUUUGAGUUACCUGAGGAAAGAGCAUGGACAAUGCAAUUGUUGGCUAUAGCAUGUGUGUCUAUUGCUGCUAAAUUGGAAGAGGUUGAAGUUCCUCUAUCUGAAGAUUUACAGAUUGAGGGAACACAAUUUGAGUUUGAAGCAAGCACCAUACAAAGAAUGGAGCUUCUUGUGUUGAAAACAUUGAAUUGGAGAAUGCAUGCAAUUACACCAUUCUCAUUCAUUGAUUAUUUCAUUAAGAAGAUUAAUGGUGAUCAAAUUGCUUCAACAUCUACAAUGUUUAAAGCUACUAAUCUCAUAAUAGGAACAUUGAAAGGGAUUCACUUCUUGGAAUUCAAACCUUCUGAGAUUGCAGCAGCUGUGGCAAUCUAUGUUGUGGUGAAAAAUAAGACAAGUGGCAUUGAGAAAGCAAUAUCUACCCUGAUUCAACAAGUACAAAAGGAUAAAGUAAAGAAGUGUGUUGAUUUGAUCAAAGAAUCAUCUUUGCUAAGUGAUUUUGGUGCCUCAACUCUCAUGGUUCCUCCAAGUCCAACAGGUGUAUGGGAUGUUGCAAGUUCAAGUGACAUGAGUGAUGAUGAUUCAGGUCCAAGUUCCCUAGAUGAUGAACUAGAGCUUAAGAGUUGGUGGAAAGCACAGAAAAAGAAAAACAGUAUGCUGUGUUGCUGUCUAUCUGUUGAUGUAUAUCGGAAAGUCAUCUCCUUGAACUUGUACUGUCAUAUUGUUGUGGAAGGGUUGGAACAAGUAGUUAUGGUGUGUCAAGCAGCUGGCCAGACAAGAUUUCGGGCAUUAAAACAUGAAAAUGGAAUUGCGGGGUGUGCCACCAUAAUUGUUAGAGUUAUAGCAUGCUUUCAACCUCUUCAAGAUUGCCAGGCUGAAUAUUUCCGACAGUUGUUGAAACCUGUCACGUAG